CACAAAGAGAGGAAGACCGCUCGAAGACUUAGUCAGGUGCUUCCCUUCUCCAAUGAUCUUCAUAAUUCAUAUAAAACUCUACGCAACUUUAUAUCGGCAAUGAUAUAUGUGAAGUAGAUACACGUAAAAUACAGAGUCAAAAGGUCACUGUAAAACAUGGUCACAGGUGGGCAAAUGUCAAAAACAUCAAAAGGAAGCAAAAAUUACGAUGAGGGGCCCCUCCAACGAGCCCCUUACAAAAAACCACCAUUCACAAUUGGGGAUCUCAAGAAAGCAAUCCCACCUCAUUGUUUUAAUCGCUCCAUCCUUCGCUCUUUCAGUUACCUUUUAUACGACCUAACUAUUUCCUUCAUCUUGUACUACCUCGCCUCUCGUUACAUCCACCUCCUCCCCCGCAACCUCUCCUGUCUCGCAUGGCCUGUUUACUGGUUCUUUCAAUCCUCUGUCGUAGGUGGUGUUUGGGUCAUAGCACAUGAAUGUGGCCACCACGCCUUCAGUAACUACCAAUGGGUCGAUGACACCGUUGGGUUUCUGCUACAUUCUGCUCUCCUUGUCCCUUAUUUCUCUUGGAAAUACAGUCACCGCCGCCACCAUUCCAACACCGCUUCACUUGAACGUGAAGAAGUCUUCGUCCCUAAACUAAAAUCUAAUCUCCCUUCAUUAGUUGUCUACCUAAACAACCCACCAGGUCGAGUCCUUUAUAUCUUGUUCAUCCACACCCUAGGCUGGCCUCUGUACCUAAUGUUCAACUAUGGUGGCAGGAACUACGAUAGGUUUGCAUGCCACUUUUACCCAAACAGCCCUAUUUACUCCAAAAGUGAACGUGCUCAGAUCAUUGUUUCUGAUGUUGGGAUCGUUAUUGUCACUUACUUCCUCUACAAUCUAGUAAUGACCAAGGGGCUCACAAUAGUGCUCUGUACGUAUGGCGUGCCACUGCUCAUUGUCAACAUUUCACUUAUUUGUGUUACAUUUUUGCAUCACACGCACUCUUCAUUGCCCCACUAUGAUUCAACGGAAUGGGAUUGGCUGAGGGGAGCUCUUGCAACAGUCGAUAGAGAUUAUGGGAUCUUGAACAUAACAGGCCACAACAUCACUAAUACUCACGUCAUCCAUCAUUUAUUCCCGAAAAUACCUCAUUAUCAUGCAAUGGAAGCCACGAAAGCAAUCAAGCCCAUAUUGAAAGAUUAUUACAGGUUUGAUGACACACCGAUUCUGAAAGCCUUAUACAGAGAAGCAAAAGAAUGCGUAUAUGUUAAAUCAGAUGAUAAUGAAAAGGCCAAGGGUGUCUUCUGGUUUGACAAUAAGUUUUAAUCACGGGAGAUUGUAUAAUUGUAUUUCCCAAAUAAGAAGUUGAAGCCUAUAUUGCUUAGUAAUUUUAGAUUUGUGUUUGUUUUCUAUGCAUCUAAAAUCGACUUUAGACUUUAGAUUAUAUAUAAUAAAAUGAAUAAUUUGUUACUACAUCCUGUAAUUAUUUGCUUAAAUGGCUCUUCACUUCUACUAUGGU